GGAGACUUUAGUUCUUAGAAAAAGAUUGAUGUAAAACUGCUUCACCUGCAUAAAUGAAUUUUAUAUUUAAUUGGCUUAAACAUUAAAGGCAACUUUUGUAAUAUGGUUCACCAUGGUGCAUUGUAGCUUGCACACCAAGCGAAGUAUAUUUAGCAGUUGUCUCAAACCGCGUCAUUAGUCUGCCAGUUUCCUUGACUAUGUCUAAUCUUAAUGAGAUUAAGUGUCAGUACAAGGAGAAGUGGAGAGCAAGAAAUCACCGUUAACAUGGUAAGCAAGCAUUUGUCUUAUUUUCUACACUUUGUGUAUGCUAUCUUGAGCAGUAGCUGUAAAUCUGCAUGUAAGAUGGGUGAUUAUUGGGGUUGGAUUGAUUUAACGUGUCAGUAGAUGGCUUUUUAUAGACAAUAUGUAGGCAGAAUUCAUAGCUUGUGUAGAAAAACUUGGUUUUUAAUGUUCAAAAUGAAUGUAAAACACUUGUUGCUGGGGAAAUAAGCAUACACAUCAGUUAAGCUUCUAUAGUCUGCAUCAAGUUUUUAGACUUAUUUUGCGAUUUAUAAUUAAUAAACCAUUUCUGAUCAGGCCGGUGAAGAAAAGCUAGUCAUGACCAACAAUCAGACUGAGACCAGUGAGAAUGACUCUGAGGAGGGGUCUAGACACGAAGACCAAAUUGCUUUAGAAGAGUCGUCUGUUAGGGUGAGGCUGGGUCCUAACAGUGUUGACAUGACAGAGGAGGAACUGGAGGCUGCUUUCUCUCAGCUGUCUCUGGCCUUUCGCUGUGACCAGUACACGCUUUGUCAGAGGCUGGAGAUGGAGGAACACGCUCGGGACAAUGCUGAGGAGAACCUCAAACUAGAAGUGGAAAGAGGCAUGGAAGUGCUUGAGACACUCAAGGGAAUGUGUUUAGAUAUCAAACGUGCCAGGCUUCUCCAGCAUCUUGAGCUGUCUCUUAACAUUAUCGGGGGCACCAUCGGAAGAAUCUCCAAGACAGCUGAGGUUCUUGGGGCUGUGCAUCAGGAGGCUAAAGUGAGCCGUGCAGUGGAGCUCAUGGUGGCUCAUGUGGAGAACCUGAAGCGCCGUCAUGUGAGGAACAGUGUUGAACUGGAGGAGAUGAAGAAACAGAUGGAGAAAAGCAGCAGAGAGCACAAUGUCUGCGAGCAGAGGGAGGAAACUGACACUAUUGAAAAGCUGGAAAAAGACCUACAGAAGCCACAAUUACGGCGUAGAAUCAGUACAAACAUCAUUGCAAAGCAAAUCCAGAGGCAAAAGGUGAAGGAGGCAGAAGCUAUAUUAUCUUCAGUGACCAGUGAGAUUAGUGAAGAGAUCAAAUCAACCACAAAGAAACCUGACCACACAGACAACUGCCAACUGAAUAGAGGGCAAGUACCCCAAGAUGACAGCCCCUCACAAACAGUCACGGCGGAUGCUACUGAGGAGACAUCCUCUACCCAAAUUCAUCCCAAUCAGACUCUGAGGCUAGAGCUGGACCCUGCCUUUGUAAAAAAAAACACAAGUUCACUGCCAGUGUUAGCUCAUCAAAAGCGGAGGAGGAAGGCAUCGCUGGAGCGCAGUCAUGCCUGGCUCAAGAGAUCUGAGCACUACCUCAGAGACUGUAAUAGAUGUGUCAGUAGCUUACAGCGCCCUCUUAUGCAGUGGAUGUACCGUUGCCGCUGGAUAAUCCUUGCCAUUUACCUCACUGUUCUUUGCUCGAUCAUUAUAUUAGCCAUAUUAGUAUGGUUGAUGCAAACACCCAUCUUAUGGAUGUGAAAGUUAUAACCAUAGACAUAGAAAUGCGACGAAUAUGUUAAAAUACUGUUGAUAGCUUUUACUUACCAUUUGCUAGACAUUUUAACUUAGAUUUAUGGGAAGCUAUUUAUAGGAUGUAUAGUUUUAAAUGAUAUCAGAAUAAAUUCAUGUAAUAGCACUCAAUGUAUGUUGUAUAUCUGUUUUC